GUGUAGAUUUAACCUAAGGAAUAUCAACGAAUCCCAUUUAUCUUUUAUCUAUCGAUAAGAGUGUCGCAAGAGGAGUAAAUUGUAAGGAAGGUGUGUGGAUUUUAUUUGAAUAUCUUAUUUAAGACGAGACGAUCGUCAACGGUUAAUUUACACAUUUCUAAUAAUCAAGUGAUCAUGAAGGCGUUCGUUGCUGUUGCGUGCUUGCUUGGAGUUGUGAGCCUUGGAUCUACACAAUUUACAAAUGGACGAGUUUUGGAUCCUCCCGUACCGGCUCUGUGUGCCCAGCGAGUGAUACAUGAGAGGACACCCGAUGGAAAGGGAUACUUCUUCUCCUGGCGGGAUCCAGCUCUAAAAGGAGUCGAAGAAGAUUGGUUGAGUGCUAGAAACUAUUGCCGAAAACGUUGUAUGGAUUCUAUUUCACUGGAAACAAGUAACGAAAAUGAAUGGAUUAAGAGCCGACUUGUUAACGAAAAUGUAAAAUACAUCUGGACGAGUGGACGUCUAUGUGACUUCAAAGGAUGCGAACGUCCAGAUUUACAACCGGUCAACGUCAAUGGAUGGUUCUGGACUGCAGUACUCCAAAAAUUGGGACCAACGAACGAUCGAAGCCAAGGUGACUGGUCACCAACCGGUGGUAUUAACCAACCCCAACCUGACAAUCGUGAAUUCCAACAAGGUGGUGCUCCUGAGAACUGCCUGGCCGUAUUGAAUCAAUUCUACAAGGAUGGCGUCAAUUGGCACGAUGUUGCAUGCCAUCAUCGUAAACCAUUUGUUUGUGAAGAGAACGAUGCACUUUUGAAAUAUGUCCGUUACACAAAUCCGAAUUUACGCGUUUAGAACGAUCCGUAAUGUAUCCUUGAUAUUGUUGUAGAAAAGAACCAAAAAAUA